CGCGACUGAAUAACAGGAGGAAAUUGAAAGAAAAAAAUUUUCUUACUACGACGCAUUUAUCUUUUCACCUCCUUUAAAAAAACUCACAUCCUAAUCUCUGAUUAACUCCAUCCGUUACUCAUUUCAUCUCGUAAAGUUCAAAGAUUACAUUACCUAGUUUUUUAAACCAAAUCGAACCAAUUAGUACUAAGCAUUCUGAAGAUGGCAUCAACUCGUUCAACUCGUAAUAAGACUGUCGAGAAAUCUACCUCAUCAAUGAGUACUGAUCAGGCUGAAAGCUCGUCUCAAGCUGGUGUUACUGUUACUGCCACAACAACUACUUCUGCUUCCAGUUCCACCUCUACCUCUUCCUCUACACCCAACCAUCCUGGACGUGUAGUCAAAAAGACAACGAAAAAGAAGUUUUCUACGAAGAAUUUAAGCAGCAGUGCGAAGAGAAUUCAAAAAGAGUUAGCAGAAAUUUCACUUGAUCCACCUUCCAACUGCAGUGCUGGACCAAAAGGCGAUAACUUGUAUGAGUGGGUUUCCACUAUUGCUGGUCCUAAAGAUUCUCCUUAUGCUGGAGGUAUCUUCUUUUUAGAUGUUCAUUUCCCCCAAGAAUACCCUUUCAAGCCACCUAAGGUUGUUUUCAGAACCCGUAUUUAUCAUUGUAAUAUCAACAGCCAAGGCGCUAUUUGUCUCGAUAUCCUUAAAGAUAAUUGGUCACCAGCUUUAACUAUUUCUAAAGUCUUAUUAUCCAUCUGCUCCUUAUUGACCGACGCCAAUCCACAUGAUCCUUUGGUGGGUUCCAUUGCUCAAGAAUACUUAAAUAAUAGAGAAGAACAUGAUAGUAUCGCACGUGAAUGGACUAGAAAAUAUGCCUGCUAAGAGAAAAUCAAUUUGUCAUGAAGAUCCAUUUUUAAUAGUAGUAAUAAUAACUAGGGAAAAGGUCAUAUAUCCAUAGUAAAUCAUUAAUGCAAGAUAGAAAAAAAAAAAAAAAUAAAGAAAAAAUUAAUAAA